UUUUUUUCAUUGUCAAAUGUCAUAAAUAUAACAUGUUUAGCCUGUUUUCAACGUCAAAAAUUUGUGUUCUAGUCUUCCUUUUGAGUAUUUCAGUCUUAUAUUUGCUUUACUAUAGUCGCUCCAGUUUUGUGGAUUUUACCCAAAAAAACGAGAGUAAGAGAAAAACACAUUUGGUCAAACUCCAUCCUCAAAUUCCAGUAAAACGCUAUUUGAUUGAAACUCAAAAAUGCAAAAUUUUGGACUUUCCUGCUUUCCACCCUCAAGUCUUGCCAUUCUACGAGAGGGAGUUGUACAAUCCUUGUGGCCCCUCUGAAGUUUUAACAUCUGUCACGGUUGAAAAUAACACAGCCCUUCUUCACAUAAAUAGAAAAGUUCUCAAAUGGCACCCCAAAAUUUUGAAUUGUCUUUACCGGAAAAUCAACCAAAUGAAACUCAAAUUCAAAUUUGAAGAUUUUCUCAACGAACCUGUGUUUACAUCUUUUGAAAAUAGUGUCAAAAUUGAUUCCGAUUAUGUUUUCGUAAUGUGUUUGAAGGGAAAUAAAGUGUUUUACUCAAACACACAUGCACCAAUAGUCUUGAAAGAAAACAUAAUCAAAAGACAAAAACUGAUGAAAAAUAAAGCUGAAGCUUUCAGUGUUUUAAUCAUUGGAAUUGAUAGUAUGUCACGCUUGAAUUUCCUUCGAUCUCUCCCUGAAACUCACUUAUUUCUCAAGGAAAACAACUGGAUUUCCUUGAAGGGUUACAACAAGGUUGCUGACAAUACCUAUCCCAACCUUAUGGCCCUUUUGGCCGGCUUAGAUGAGCCCAAAGCGGACGAAAAAUGCAGUAGCAGAAGCCUAAUUAGUUGCCCUUUGGUUUUGUUCGACUACCAAAACCAGGGUUAUGCCACGGCUUAUGCCGAAGACGAACCCUGGAUGGGUAACUUCAUUCUAAAUCAAAGAAGUUAUGAUAACCCUCCCACCGACUACUACUUCCGGCCCUAUUUCCGGGUCAACGAAAAGCUAACAACCCGGAAAAUCGACGGUGUGAAUUUCUGCACAGGCCCGGAAAGCAGCGGUGAACGAGUCCUAAACUUGGCCAAAAAUUUCGCCAAAACUCUCCAAAACCGUCCCAGUUUUGGUGUAUUCUGGGCAAACGGUUUUAACCACAAUCUCCUCAACCUUGCUUCAAGUAUGGACUCAAAAAUCCGGGAUUUUUUCAAAAAUAUUACCGAUUCCGGGAUUUUGGGAAACACCUUCGUGUUUUUUUUGAGUGACCAUGGGUUGCGUGUAGGCCCAUUUCGUCAAACUCCCAUGGGAUGGCUUGAGGAAAGACUACCGUUUAGCUAUAUUUGGGUUCCGGUGAAAUUCCGGAACAAGUUUCGUCGACAAUAUCACAAUCUUCAGCUUAACAUAAAUCAGUUGACUUCGCCAUAUCAUCUCUAUAUGACCCUCCAAGACAUUCUAGUCUUGUCAAAACAGAAUUUUAAGAUUAAGUCGAGUCAAGGGUGCUCGAAAUGUCAAUCUUUGUUUGACAGUUUUGAAGAUAGAUCUUGUCAAGAUGCAGGGAUUGAUCCUCAUUGGUGCACGUGUAAUACUUAUCCGUCAAUUAUGAAUCAGUCAAGUCUUGCCCAAAAUGCUUCAAAAUAUGUCCUACAAUACAUCCAUACCAAAAUUUUGGACCAAAACGGUGCCAAAAAGUGUUUGAAAUAUACUUUAGCGAAAAUCAUCUCAGCGAGGGUUUCACAUGAUCGCAAAUACAUUUUAUUGAUUUUGGAAACUAGUCCAGAAGCUGUUUUUGAAGUCACAGUGUUGCAUAAACCGGGAAGUAAGCAAACUUUUAGUGUCAAGGGCGGAAUUAGUAGACUUGACAGAUACGCCAAGCACAGUUACUGUACCACCAAUCGUUUGUUAAGAAAACUUUGUUAUUGUCGUUGAGGGUUUCAAAAAUUUUGAAAAAACGGAUUUCCGUUUGUCAAGGGAAAUGUCAAUGUCGGUGAUUUGAAAAAACAUCUGACUUGUGGAAAUUUUCCUCAUUUCCUAGCCCAUAAACCAUUUUAUUAACAAGUUUAAUGAGUAAUUAGGUUUGAUAUCGCAAAAAUUGCAUACGUGAUUCAAUUUUUUGUUAUGAGUUGGCACAAUACAUGUU